AUAACUGCAGCAGAGCAGCUCGGUGUUUCGCAGCGGAGAGAGCCAGUCAGAGGAUAUUUGUGGACUUUAGGAAACAGUCAGCUGGACAAUAAUCAAAGAGUCUGCAUCUGCUGGCUGAUGGGCCUGAAGACACACAUUUCUCACGCUUAGAUUUUGUGUCCAACAAAUUGAGGGCAAUUAAGGCUUUGCUUGGACCCAGGUCUGAGUGUUAAACAUGGGAGACCAGAGAGCAGUCCAGCCCCCCCGGCCCCUGCUGCUGCUCCUGAUGCUCCUCGCCAGGCUGUCACAGCUGUGGGCCUUGCCCUUCAGCCCGUCCCUGGACCUGGAUGUCACGCCCAGGACUACUGUUUUCUACAAAGGUGUGUUGGGCAGAGCCAGUUUCAUUGGCUCUUCCCAGAACUACAGCACCCUCCUGCUGGAGGAGGGGGCCGGGCUGCUGUACGUGGGAGGCAGAGGGGCCCUGCAUGCACUCAACACCUCCAACAUCUCCACAACUGCAAACCUCACAAUUGAUUGGGAUGCUUCUCCUGAACAGAAGAAGCAAUGUCUCAACAAAGGGAGAAACAAUCAGACAGAGUGCUACAAUCACAUCCGCUUUCUGCAGCGAUUCAAUGAGACUCACCUAUACGUCUGUGGAACAAAUGCCUUCAAACCUCUUUGUGCUUACAUAGAUGCAGAGCGGUUCAGAUUCUCCUCCGGCUUUGAGGAGGGCAGAGACAGGUGUCCAUAUGACCCAGCAAAGGGAUACACUGGCCUCCUCGUAGACGGUGAGAUGUUCACGGCCUCUCAGUACGAGUUUCGCAGCUCUCCAGACGUGCGCAGAAACUUCCCCUUCCCCACGCUCAGGACAGAGGAGGCCCCCACCCGGUGGCUCCUGGAGGCAGAUUUCGUGGGCUCCGUGCUGCUGAAGGAGAGCAUCAACAGCUCUAUCGGUGACGACGACAAGAUUUACUUUUUCUUCACGGAGCGAAGCCAGGAGCAGAUUGCCUACCCGAGCCAGACCAAGGUGUCCAGGGUUGCCCGAGUCUGCAAGAAUGACUGGGGCGGCCAGAGGACCCUGCAGAGGAAGUGGACCUCCUUCCUCAAGGCCAGACUGGUGUGUUCAGUCCCAGAGUAUGAGCUGCACCUCAACAUCCUGCGCAGUGUGUUCGUCCUAGAGGGUCGAGACGCUCAAAGCAGCAUUUUCUACGGCAUCUUUGGCUUCGAAUGGAAGAAUAUCAAAGCAUCUGCUAUCUGCCAGUACGCCUUCUCUGAUGUGCAGAAAGCUUUCGAGGGGCCGUACAUGGAGGUGCAGGACUCAAAGUGGAGGGAGUACACGGGGAAAGUUCCAGAGCCAAGACCUGGAUCUUGUAUAACAGAUGUGCACAGGUCCCAGGGCAUCAACUCAUCUCGAGACCUCCCAGACAAUGUCCUCACUUUUGCCAGAAGGCACCCACUGAUGGCCGGCCAGGUGCACCCAAUAGGGGUGCGCCCACUCAUGUUUAAGAGAAGUGUCAACUAUGUCAAGAUAGUCGUGCACAAGGAGACGGCGCUGGACGGAAACAUUUAUACUGUUCUGUUUUUGGGAACUGAUGACGGGUGGCUGCACAGAGCUGUAGACAUUGAUGGAGAAAUGCACAUCAUAGAAGAGUUACAGCUGUUUGAAAAACCCCAGCCCAUAGAGAGCAUGGUCAUAUCCUCCGCUCUGCGGAGUAUCUAUGUCGGCUACCACUCUGGAGUGGUGCAGGUACCGAUGUCUGCCUGCCAGAGGUACACUUCUUGCUACGACUGCGUAUUCGCCAGAGAUCCGUUCUGUGGCUGGGACGGGAGAGCGUGUGUGGAAAUAUCUUCACGUGCACCGAGGUCAAACCUUACCCAGGAUAUCCUGAAGGGAAUCAGGGCGGCAAGAGAAUUCAGGAAAGUGGUUCAUCGGCGGCGUUCUGUGAUGUCUGGUGAUGACGUGCUACUUCAAUGCGAGCUGCGCUCCAACCUGGCAACUCCACGCUGGACGCUAAACGGCAAAGAACUCCAAGGAUACGGCCUCAAUUCGGGCUACCGCAUCGGCACAGAUGGCCUCCUCAUAAUCGGAGCUCGUGCCCAGCAGAGCGGGUCUUAUCGCUGCUUUGCCAUGGAGAACUCCGUCUCAGUCCUGGUUUAUCUUUACACAGUCAGGGUGCACACGGACGCGUACUUCCCCGUGGAGACCACAGCCACAACUAACCCCACGACAGUUUUCAGCCCGACUGUUUUACCCACCAGCAGCCCCACUGAACAGCCUUUGCCCUCACCACCUGCCCCACUGCCUCCGGGAGCUGAGUUCCAGACCUACAGACACAUGGAGGCCGUGUACAUUUCCCUGGUGGCGGUUCUCGGAGGGCUUUGCUUGGUGUUGACUGUGGUGCUGCUUUAUGUGAGCUUCUGCACCAGACGGGUCUCUCAGAACCGAAAGUUCUCCCAGCAGGGGCUGCAGGUCCUGGGUGGCUCUGAGAGAAAAAGGAGCUCCCAUCUCGAACUUAGAACCAUCUCCAGCCACUGCAAUGGCCGCCAGGGUCGUCGCUCCAUCUCAAUGACAACUUUUGGGGACAUCGGUGAUGGAUUCCUCCAGAUAGUUCCAGGUGAGGGCCAGUUCUCUCCAUGCAAAACACCUCCUCCAGCCCCUCCUCUACCUAUGCCACCUCCUCUGCCCAACACGGACUACACCAACGGGCUGUCUGCCACUCUGCCCAGCGUGCUGAGGAAGAUGAAUGGGAACAGCUACGUGCUGCUGAGGCAGGCCGACCACGAGGGCAUGUCGCCGCUCUACCACUCCUUCACAGAAGAGCUCAACAGGAUCCUGGAGCAGCGGAAACACACACAGCUGGACCUGCAGCCUGAUGAGAGCUCCAUCUAGGACGUCCCUCUCAGUCCUUGUUGUUAUUUAUUUUCACCCCAACUGUGACCCGUAGUUGUGGGAAGAACUGACUGUCUCAAACGCUGCUGUUAUUUACCCAGUGUCAGAGUACCUGCAGGUCCUGUCCUCACCUGAUCUGACGUGUGUAGCCUCCAGUGUCUCCCAUGACAAAUGGCCCAUGAUUUCACUUCAACAAUGAACAACACUAACCAGAGAUUGCUAUUCAAAAAGUGGAGCUGUGAAAAAUUUGGCCAUAGGCAGUUACAAAAUUACACAAUGGUAAUUGAACGAUGGUGGUUAGAUGAUACAAAAGCGCAGAAGUGCAAAAUCCGGCCAGCCAGGAGGUGAUCUCGUAUUUAUGAGACUGUGGGAGUGUUCAGGAAGUUUUUAAUGCCAUGUAAUAUUAGCCCUCAAUGGAGCAGAAAGUGAUACUCCACCCAAAAUCUAUCUUUUGUGCAUUGUUGCGUUCGGCUACAGUAGGAAACUACCUUUCACCCACCAUGCCCACACUGAGAGCCAUUCCCUGCGUGUUGCAAGUCUGAUGUUAGGAUGUUCCUGAUCCAUGGUCUGGGGGAGAACAAGUUUGACUGACCCCGUAAUCGCAGGAGAUGACUCUGUAUCACCCAUGCCUUCCAUGAGGCUGAUGGUGAUAGUAGUAGAUAGUAGACUGUUUCAGCUGCUUAGCCUCCUCUGGGUUUGGGCGAAUUUUGGCAGUUUGGGGUUCUUUUGUGGACAAAAAAUAUGCAUCCAGGAUGAAUUGGGUGGCAUCCCAUCUCCAGGUGUCUCGCAUCAGUGGCUAAUAAGGACAUGUACACUUCUCUCCCCCAUUCCGUGUGAGCUGACCAUCCAGUCUCCUCCUACAAAUCCCCUUACCUACCCAACUGAAGGACCACUUAACAUUUUUUAAACAAGCUCAUGCAUUUAACAAAUACAUGACUAUGUUACAAGAAUGGUUUAAGAUUGUUUUUUAACAGUGAAAACGUGUCCAAAUAGGAAUCCAUUUUAAGGCUGCAACUAACUUUUUUCAAUUUAUUUUUUAGCCAAAGGAAAUAGUGAAGAAUGCACAUCACAUUCUUGACCAACAUCUGAAAUCCCCAAAAUAUACUAUUUGAAAUGAUAUUAAACAGAGGAAAACAGCAAAUCCUCGCAAUUGAGAAGCUGGAACCAACAAGUGUUUGACAGUUUUUGCUUCAUAAAUGAUGUUUAACCCAAAUAAUUGUUAUGAAUUCAAUCUGAAUACAAGCUUUUGUUCUCUUUGAAGGAGCAAACUACUUGUUUUACAGCAGCCCUUCAAGCCCGAGGGUGGCUCCUUCUUGAUACUAAAGAGAUAGAUUUUAUGGGGGUAUCACUUUAAGAAGGUGUUAGAGGAAACGAGAGCUCAUGUGGUAAAACAAAUCAUUUUAAUUUUAUUUUUUAAACCACUCUUUCGUCAUUUCUCCUGCCCUUAUGUAAAUUAGGAUACUGUAAUUGCAUCACUGUUUCAGAUGUGAGAAGCAGUUUGUUCUGUCAGUGCCAGUGACAGGAGCUGUGGAGGGAAAUAGACACAGCUGUAUGCAAGGCAGCUUAAUUAGUCGAUUCAAGACCAUUAAAAUGCAGUCAGUUUGUGGUCGGAUUGAUUGAAUUCACUGAAGACCACAGACUGGCUUGAGGGCCCAGAAGGCUGUGGGGAAUACACAACGCACGCUGAAAACAAACGGUCGAGAUGCUGUAAAGAAAAUUCUUAUUUGCCGUUUUAUAUUUAUACAGCUAAACAUAGAUAUACUUUGUCUUUUUCAGACUGAAGCCCCGUUUUUGUACAUUCAUUCAUCACAUCUUCAAGAUGUUGCAUGAGUUUCAUACCAACACUAGAUUCUUUCAAAAGGAUUUUACAUAGAGGCAAAAAAGUUUUUCAUCUACUUCUUAAACGUGUCCUCUGCUGUGAAAAAGCUGCUGGUGGCGAUUGAAUUGGUCUAGGAAGACCUUCACACAUGCAACCCACAAAAGCAUGCUCAGUGUUUACCUGACAUCAGAGCAAUGCCAAAACAACAAGAACUGCAGAGCCUACAGUAUUUCCUUGGCAAGGUGACUAUGAUUAAAUAGCACAUGUAUAACUUAGAGGGACUGAAAUGAAUCUUUGAGUAGUUUGUAAAUGUGUCACUUUCCAGUAAAGUGUCGAAUCAGCUCUUGUAGCGGUGGCUCAGCAGCAGCCCUCUACGGUGCAUCUGUCAGAGCGUCGCUGACGGUAACAGGGGUACUUGGCUUGCCACCACAAAGAGAGGACAGGGGCUUCUUGUCUGUUUGCAUAGAGCGCUGUUGUCUGUGCAGAUAGAAGCAGACAGAAAACAUUUGACCUAAGUGUCCUGGUUAGCGAUGCAGGAAACAGAAGAUGAUACAAGGAGGCAGCAGCUAUUUUGCACUUGCAGGUUUUCUGUUGACUCUUAUCUGCCUUGUAAGCCACUUUAUUCUGAGAAUAUACAGUCCAGGAAAUGCAGUCUAUGCAGACGGAUAAAUGUCCUGGCUUAAAUAGAAGAAAUUCUGUCUGACCAAAGGCCUCAAUAUGAUUCAAAUAAGGGCUUUCCUGCUUGUGUAUAAGGCUCUUUUUUUUCAUGCUUUGCCCAACAUUUUUUUGUGUGCACAUCUGAGUGCAACACUAUGAAUAUUGUUGUUAGUCUUAGCAUGCCCCUCUCUGUGACAGCAAGCAUUUGGGUCAUUCACCUUUAGACAAGGACGACACAUUGUUUUAAUAAGCAUGCUGAAACUUUAACCCCUUUUCUACUUAUUAUGUUUGCUGAUUCUUUUCAGUCCGGCAAUCUCAUGACGUUAUGCCAUGCCUCAGUCUCAGUAGUUAUAGGCUUGUCUCUUUACUAAAAGCAGACUAUUUAUAAGCCCAAGUGUUAGCCUUUUGCUUAGAGUCUGUUCUUCCAUAUCAGAUGUAAUUGAUCAAAAAUAGAUCUUUUUUUUCAGGACUUAAGAAUUUUUUUUCACUGUUUGUUACAAUACGUUUUUUUGGAUUGGAUUUACUCCAUUGCUAUAUUCCUCACCAUAUGCCUUUGUGUGCUCCAAUAACAAUUUUUCUAAAUAAUUUCCUCUUGGCUGUCCACUUUCACAGUUUCUGUUUGUCCUCAUGGACAAAUCCAAAUAUGGAUAUUAUUUACAUUACAUUACAUGUCAUUUAGCUGACGCUUUCAUCCAAAGCGAAUUAAAAUUGUUAUAUAUGUCAGAGGAUGCACGCUUCUGGAGCAACUAGGGGUUAAGUGUCUUGCUCAGGGACACAUUGGUUGAUGUAUCGCAGUGGGAAUCAAACCCACAUCUCCCACUCCCUUUCACAUGUGUGGCUGUAGAUUGAAUUUAGACAAGAUUGAACUUUUGUCAGUUAAUUAUAUCGGCCAAACUUUCCCACACCUUAUCAUUUAAUAUCUCCUGCAGUUACAUAUUUAGAUGUGUUAUAAAUGUUCUGCGAUUCGACCUGACCUGUGUGUCCUGGCCAGCCAUGCAGAGAACAGUUGAGGACAAAUGGACGUGUUGGCAGAAGCUACUUUGCUUUUGUUUUCAACCUUUUUAACCUUUUAACUUGUUUUCUUUCUCAUCUUCAUUCCUCCCCUGUCUCUCUCUCUACUGCCUCUUUCCCAUCUCCUCCCCUCUGCAUGCCAGUAUCAUCUAAUACUCUCUCUGCUCACAUUCACACUCUCUCUAUCCGUCUGAAGGACCCUUCUGAGAUGGCCCCUAUUCAAUUAGAACCGUUUUUCAAAGAAUUCUCGAUAUACUGUCAAUGCUACUGUCAUAUUUUUAGCUGAUAUUAUUAUUAUUAUUUUUGGGCAUUUUUAGGCCUUUAUUUAUUUAGGACAGCUAAAGACAUCGUAGGGGAGAGAGGGGGAAUGGCAUGCAGCAAAGGGCCACAAGUGGAGUCGAACCUGCGGCCACUACGUCGAGGAGUAAACCUCUGUAUAUGGGCGCCUGCUCUAACAGGUGAGCUACACAGGAGCAUGGCAUUUUUAUUCGUGAGAACGUUUACACACAUUUCACAUAGGAAUCAGACAGACUGAGUAUUAUUCAGUGUCCUUAAAUUACAAUAUGCUAAUAGUGCUCAAUAAGAUUGACCAGGAGAGGAAGGUUUUCUCAGCCAUUCUAGGGCCAUUUUUUUGCCAGGGCAGGGGGGUAAUAUUCAGAGAAAAAACUCUCAAUUUCUGAGAAUAAAGUUGUUAAUGUACAAGGUUUUUUGGGGACGUACUCUUAGAUCAAAGUGGUACAUUUACCAGUAAAGAAUAUAACAAAUUUAAGAGAAAAAAACUUGAAUAUUCUCUAAGAUUAUAAAGUCACACAUUUACGGCGACGUAGAAAUGUUCUUGUUAGGUUACAUUUUCUUACAAGUUUAACAUUUCGACUGAGUUCAACAUGUUACUUUACCUGUAUUGUAUAAAAGCUGUCAGAAUAAAGUUCUCUCAUCAAGUUGUGGACAAACGUUAACAUGUCGGAAGCUUCCUCUGAAUCUGCGAACGUCGCUGCUUCAUUCUCACUUAAGGACAAUCUAUUUAUAGACACUGGCUCUGCACUGUAUACUAUAUUAUAGACUUUUAAAAUAGAUUUUAAUAACAUAUUGGCUACAAGUUUUACAGUCAGCUUGUUUCUGUACACAUAACCAACAGUAGAGCAAGUACAUCCCGGUGCAUCAUUAUGCAAGAUACUGUAUAUUUUAUGUUGAUUAUUUGCCUAUGUUGGCCAAAGAAAGUGGUUCACAUUCACACAGUGCUUUAGUUAAAAGUCCUGUAAUAUGCUUUUGUAAACUGUGACAUGAUUUUUUUGUUAGAUAAUGAACGUAUCUAUGUGGUCUCCUGGCUGAAGGGACAUCUUUGCUUCUUGUAAGCUAGUUUAGCCACCUGAGCUGUUGCAGAAAGGACUUUUCUUAUAUUUUUUCUCAUGUCUAAUUUACUUGAGUCCAUUACAUUUACACUUGCUUUAGAUGCAGAUAAGAACACGUUGCAUUAUGCUCAGUUUGGUGAAAAAAAUGUCAGUGUCAACAGCCCUGAGGGGAAAACAGGAAAUGACAUGCAAAACAUGCCUAAUCCUAGUCUCAUGGCACCAUAACACUCUCUUGUUUUUAACUUGUGGCAAGCAGCAAGGCCACUGUCCUCCAGUGGGAAUGGAGCCCACGUGAUCCCAGUCAUUUACAUACACUACAUAUGCAACUCUGACACAGAGCAGAGGUAUAAUAAACCUCUGGCCAUUUUCAGAGCAGUGUUCAAGGCAGUAACUUAGCAACAGCAUCUUUAUUUAGAGCCUUUAAUGUCCUAGCUGUGCCAGUUUCCAUUGGGGAGAGCGGGUGUGAUAAGAGCAAAGUGGCCCUGAUAUCUGUAAUUGGUGCGAUGGAUAAAUUAAAAUGCAGGAAGUGAGCAUGAAACAACAGAAAACACAUCAUCAGCCAAUUAUGCUUGAAUUCCUUUCCUUCCUUUAAAACAGGCUAAACUGUUUGGUUUGACCUAACUUUGGUGAUAUAUGUUUACAGUUAAUUCGAAUUUAACAGAUGUAUUGGCUGAGCAGUACUGGGUAAUUUAAUAGGAAAGGGGCUUCCACAUUUUUUUUUUUAAAUCAAAAAUGCAACUAUUUGGGAGUAAAUAAGUGAAAUCAGCACUGCAGAGCUCGGCUCCACUGUCUCACACUCAUCACCAUCCUCAGCAGUCAUCUCACGCUCCCAUUCUACAUCAUUUUUUCCCAGAUAGCCAAACCAUUUCCUGCAGCCAGAGCUAUUUAUGUCAGCAGACUAGUAUCCAUCCAUCAACAGAAACAAGCAAUCUAUCCUAUGGGCACCUUUCAUGUUAUGCUUUUUGUAUUUUGUUUUUGUAUUCAUCUGAUGACUUGGACUUUAUUGUAAGGAACUUUUGUUAAGAAGAACGACAAGGUCAUUUAUGGAAAAAGAGCAAGGGUCAAGCUGUGCGCCAUGUGCAGUCAAAAAUGAUGAAUUCAGAGUGAGAACAGAAAAGAAAGCAGUGAGGAGUCUUGCCAACAUCCGUCCUGGUAAAUAUGAACAAAUCACCCACUGGAGGAGCUUUGUGUUCCUCUUACAGCUGACGCAGAGGACAGCUCUGUGCUGCUGAAGGUUAGGACUUGUCCCUCAAGCUAUCACACAACCAUCUGUCAUGUUCAUUUAAGCUCUGGAUCGUUAAGGUUGUACAUGGAAGAAACCCUCAAACCUUAUCAGUAUUAGAUCUGUAAAAACAUGUACACCCCACCCCCAUGUCAUUCAAAUAAAAAAAGUGUGUACUUCUCA